AUGCCUCCUAUACGACGGAGCAAUCUAGGUAGAAUAACCCGAAAUGCUACCAACCAAGCUAAUUACCGAUCUAACCAAAGUCCUCAAGAACGUGACGACCGAAAUGAACGUGAAAGAAUUCGGAUAUCACAAACGCGUGAAGCGCGAACGCGAAAUUCAACUAAUAAUAGCGCAAGUUUGAAUCGAGCUGCUUUCAGUUACGAUGUGUCAAUUGACUACAGUAACUACCAAUGUGUUGUUAUUGGUUCUAUGAACUCGGUUUGCUCACACUGUAAGGCAUUAAAAUACAAAAACGAAGCCAAUGGAUUGUGUUGCGCAAAUGGUAAAGUGAAAUUGAUACCAUUGGAUCCUCCACCAGAACCAUUGUACUCAUUGGUUUCAGGAAUAGGAAAAGAUUCUAUACACUUUUUGACAAAUAUCCAACAAUAUAACAAUUGCUUACAAAUGACUUCAUUUGGGGCAACAAAUGUAGUUCGGGAAAAUUUUAUGCCAACUUUCAAGGUACAAGGGCAAAUAUAUCACAGAGCAGGUUCACUGUUACCAGUGUCAGAUAGCGACAACAAAUUCCUGCAAAUUUAUUUUAUUGGCAAUUCACCACAAGAAAUUUAUCUGCGUUGUGCACAUAACAAUUUAGUAAAGAGGUCUAUUGUAGAACAAUUACAAACUUUAUUUCAUCAACACAAUCAAUUGAUUAUAUUGUUUAAAACUGCCCUGGAUCUGAUGCCAUCCGAUAAUCACAAAAUUGUAAUCAGAGCUGAUAAAACACCUGCAGGUCAACAUACAAGACGUUUUAAUGCACCAACUAUUGAUGAAGUUGCUAUCGUUGUAGUUGGAGAAAACUUGGAAUCCCGUGAUAUUGUUUUACGUCGUCGGAAUGAUCAAUUACAACGUUUAAAGGAAACACACCGCUCAUAUGAUGCACUGCAAUAUCCCAUUAUAUUUUGGCAAGGUUCUGAAACCAACAAAAAAGUCAGUUCAAUGAACUAUUAUUCAUACCGCCUAAUGAUUCGGGAAAAUGAAGAUAAUCACAUAUUGAAAUGUCGGCGAUUAUAUCACAAAUAUGUUGUUGACAUGUAUGUUAAAAUUGAAACGGAGAGAUUAACAUUCAUCAGGUUGAAUCAAACCAAACUCCGAUCUGAAGAGUAUAUUCACCUUCGAGAUGCGAUUAAUACUGAUGGAAAUGCACAGAAUGUCGGUCGGAUGACUAUUCUUCCAGCAACAUACAUCGGAAGCCCUCGGCAGGUUAGGUAUGCUCAAGAUGCCAUGUCGUAUGUUCGUCACUAUGGUACAGCAGAUUUGUUCAUCACAUUUACAUGCAAUCCGCAAUGGAUAGAAAUCAAUCAGGAGUUAUUCUCUGGGCAAUCACCCAUUGAUCGUCAUGAUAUUACAGCCAGAGUCUUUAGACAAAAGUUGAAAUCUUUAAUGGAUUUCAUCGUAAAACAUAAUGUGUUUGGCGAGACACGCUGCUGGAUGUAUUCUGUGGAGUGGCAGAAACGAGGAUUGCCACAUGCACACAUUUUGAUUUGGUUGGUUGAAAAUAUAAGGCCAAAUGAAGUUGGUGCAGUGAUAUCAGCUGAAAUCCCUAAUGUACAAGUAGAUCCUGGAUUGCAUGAGGUAGUUAUCAAAAACAUGACACAUGGUCCCUGUGGAACUCUUAAUCAAAAUUCACCGUGUAUGAUGGAUGGUAAAUGUUCAAAACGAUAUCCACGGACAUUAAUAUCGGAAACAAUUACUGGUAAUGACGGUUAUCCAUUGUAUCGUCGCAGAUCGACAGCAGACAAUGGAAAAUCAACAAUUGUCAAAUUAAAUCAACAAGAUAUUGAAAUAGAUAAUCGUUGGAUUGUUCCAUAUUCACCCAUUUUAUCAAAGACAUUCAAAGCACACAUCAACGUUGAAUCUUGCCAUUCAGUGAAAUCUAUUAAAUACAUUUGCAAAUAUGUAACCAAAGGGAGUGAUAUGGCUGUGAUUGGAAUUGGUGCAGAGAAUUCCAAUGAUGAAGUUACCCAAUACCAAAUGGGCCGCUAUGUCAGUAGUAAUGAAGCAGUUUGGCGAAUAUUUUCUUUUCCUAUUCAUGAGAGACACCCUUCUGUUGUUCACUUAGCUGUGCAUUUAGAAAAUGGACAAAGAGUGUAUUUUACAGCACAGAACGCAGUACAAAGAGCUGCUCAGCCACCAUCUACUACAUUAACCAGUUUUUUUGAGACAUGCCAAAACGAUGAUUUCGCACAAACAUUGCUAUAUUCUGAAAUGCCAAAAUAUUAUACCUGGAAUCAAUCCUCAAGGAGAUUUAUACGACGGAAACAAGGAAAACCAGUUCCAGGAUAUACAGAUGUAUAUUCCACCGAUGCGAUUGGCCGGAUUUAUUCAGUACAUCCAAGCAAUGAUGAAUGUUUUUACUUACGACUGCUAUUAGUCAAUGUACGUGGCCCAACAUCAUUCCAACAGUUACGAACUGUUGAUGGUGAAUUGUGUGUAUCCUACAGAGAAGCCUGUCAACGUUUGCAAUUGCUUGAAAAUGACGCUCAUUGGGAUCAAACUCUCAAUGAUGCUGUAAUAUCAUCACACGCUCAUCAAAUACGAACAUUGUUUUCUAUAAUCAUAUCUACAUGCUUCCCAUCAAACCCAAUUGAUUUGUGGAUCAAGUACAAAGAUUAUAUGUGUGAUGAUAUUUUGUAUCAAAUACAGAAUAGAAUGGGAAAUCCAAAUAUACAAAUCAGUGAAGAAAUUUACAAUGAAGCAUUGAUUUCAAUUGAGGACAUGUGA